GUUAUGUGUAACGACAGGAUAUCACUUUAUUCCUUCUAUUUAUAGUAUUUAUUAUUAUACUAUUUAUAUUUUUUUACCUGACAGUGCAGUUUGUGUCACAUUUACUGCUGCCAGGCGCCUCCUCUCCUCCUGCUCUGAUCUGCACAGUGUUUCAGUCCUCUCUACUAAAAAGAAAUAAAAAAAAAUUUAAAAAAAGUUGGUUUGCAAAGCAGGGAGAAAAAAACUAAGCAAAAACCGCUAAGAGCUUUUUUUCUCUCUCUUGCUCUCUGCACGCCUGUGCGUAAAAGCUCGGAGCCUGGCGCUGAUCAGAUCAGCCACCAGAGAGGAGCCAGAGACGAGGAAGUCAGGAGGAGGAGGGACCAGUGCGGUGGCGUGGUCUACUGUGUGUCUGUAUGUGGAGAAAACACUUUAUACUGGAUCCUCAGGACGACUCCAGCUUUGUGAAACCCCGAGGAUCUCUCUCCAGUUCUGCUUCUAGUACCAAAAGAGCAGUAAUGCGCGCAAAAGGACGCAGGACUCCAGCUGCAAACCAGUUUUUAAAGUCGUUUUAAAGAAAAGUUACACACCUUUGCUGUCAAUGUCAGCAGCAGCACAGGUAGGGAAGGGAAUCCCGGAAGAACUCGUAGUGCAGGUUACCAGCCUGUUUGCGCAUCAGCCUGCACUUUUUUUUUUAUUUCCAAAGCGAGCGAACAAAAAGUUUGUGAUUCUCUCUUCAAAGUUUUGAGCGUGAAUGAAAGAAGAGAAGAUGAAGGAUCUGAGGAAGAAGAAGCUGUACGUGCUGGUGGACGUGCUGUGCGUUAUAGUCGCGGCGCUGCCCUUCAUCGUCAUGACCAUCGUGUUCAAGCCGUAUAUAAGAGGGGUUUACUGUGACGACGAGAGCAUCAUGUACCCCCUAAAACCAGACACCAUCACCCAUGGCAUGCUGGCGGCCGUCACCAUCCCCUGCACUGUCGUCAUUAUCUCCUCUGGAGAGGCUUAUCUGGUCUACAGCAAGAGGAUUUACUCCAAUUCUGACUUCAACCAGUAUGUAGCUGCACUCUACAAGGUGGUGGGCACCUUCUUGUUUGGAGCAUCCGUUAGCCAGUCGCUCACCGACCUUGCCAAGUUCACCAUCGGCCGCCCGAGACCAAACUUCAUGGACGUAUGCCAACCAAAGGUCUGCACGGGAUACAUGCCGGUGAUCAACUGUACUGGCAGCGAUCUGAACGUCACCGAGUCCAGAUUGUCCUUCUACUCUGGUCACUCCUCUUUUGGGAUGUACUGCAUGCUCUUCCUAGCGCUUUACGUGCAGGCCAGACUGGAGGCCAAGUGGGCCAGACUUCUCCGGCCCACCAUCCAGUUCUUCCUGGUGGCCUUUGCGGUGUACGUGGGUUACACCCGAGUCUCUGAUUACAAGCACCACUGGAGCGACGUGCUGGUGGGGCUGCUGCAGGGAGCGCUUAUUGCUGUGCUCAACGUGUGCUAUGUGUCAGACUUCUUUAAGAAGCGUCCUCCACGUUGCACAAGGCCAGACACGGCUGAUAGCGAAGAGCCAGAGAGGAAACCCAGCCUGCAGAUUGCAGACUCCGAGCACAGCAACCAUUACAACUAUCACCACAGUCCAGGCCCUGUGUGACGGGGGCUGACGCUAUAUAGGGAACAGAGGCUGCAGCCUGCAGACCCCAAACCUGUGUGAUAGGGUCCAACUCUGGGGCUUCCACCUUGAUUGUGCAGUUCAGAGGAAUAACCUGGGUCAUCUGCGGUCCUGACUCUGUAGGCUGCCCGUUGUUGAAGCUAUGUGAGAGGUCUUAUAAGUGUGAGGUGUUAACUUUUAGAGUAUUUAUGAGUUUUGCAACCAGCCCUUUGUAUGUCUGUUUGAAAGGAUUAAAGUUGGGAUCAGGUCUGUAGCUUGCAGCCUCCGAGCCCCCUGCUCCCUCCCUCUGUGUCAACCACUCACACCCCCCCUACUCCCCAACCACUGGACUGACUGAGGGGGCUGCAUCCCAUCGCCAGGUGCCUGAGCCCCCUCUCAAAGACUCCAUGAUGACCUCCUUUUCUCCUGUAAGAGAGAGAGGAGCAUAUUGUUUUUAAUACAUCAUUGUUGAUGUUAAAGCGUAUGUGCUUAAAGCUGCAUUAAGCGAAAGACUCCAAACCCACAGCAACAGCGCCAUGACAUGCUAUUGCCUUAUUAAGUGAUUGUGGCAAAUGAGUUAGCAAACAAGUUACACACACACACAGCAGAAACAGAGGAACAUCCCAAUGAGAGUCCUCUCCUGCCAACUGACAAAUGUAAGUCUGAUAUUCACUCGCCUUUAUGCCGCCACCUCCUGAGAAAAAUAAGUUUUCUUUGGCUUGAUACAUGCUCCACUUUUUUUACUUGUCACUUGUUCAUUAGUUCACUUGUUUACUGUUUUACAAUGAGCGUACAAUCUGUUUCUCUGUUUGCAUGAAACCGCUGCCCACAGUUUUAUAUAAUGGAUCAGUGAGAGCGGUUGGGUUCCGCCAAUAUGGAUUGAUGAACUGAAGCAGCCUGAAAGUCUCACUCCCAACACGUCAAAUACCGCCGAUUGGGCAGUGCCGAUUGGGCAGCGCCCCUUGGCAUUGGAAACCGACGCAUGGAGGCACCCUUUUAGCAACAGUAUGUGACAAACCGGGCUUUCAACUAACUCCAAUGUAAACCCACCCGCGACAAUCGGAGCAAGUGACGUAUUAUUAAUAGCGUGAGAGUCCACUCAAGGCAGGCGGGAGGGAUGGAUUGAUCGAACAAACACAAGACUUUCAACAAGGAGACCACUGUGAGUGAAACUAAAAGUAACGUUGGCUUAUUUGGUCACGUCUUUCAUUAGUCACGUGAGUCGCUAAGCACAUGAGUCAUUAGUCAGAGACGUUAACGUCAACCACGACUGUUUCCUAACCCUAACUAAGUGGUUGUGUUGCCUAAACCCAACUUCCUGUGAAAACACAAGUUUAUUUUGAAAGGACACUAUGCAUGUAACAAGCGUGUAUUGACACGCCGUCCCCGGUCCGUCUCAAAGGUAACACAAGAGGGGUAUCCCGUGCCGAGGGGCGCUGACCAAGCGGCAGUGUUUGACGAGUUGGGAGUGUGAAUGUGUUGAGCGGGAAUAUCUGGGUGUUGAUUCUCAGUGGGAUUUGUAGUACUAGCAACUAUUUUACUUACCAGGAGUUCUUUGAUUUUACGUUAACAUCAAAUAUGUCGCUUAAUGUAGCUUUAACAAUUUUCGUAUGUAUUUCUGUAUGUAGAGAACGUAAUUUGUUGGCAGCAAUGAAAGAAAUGUAAGAGGAAGAAAAACAAGGAUGUUUGGAAAUGGUGGUUGAGGCACAGUUUGUUGAUUAGCUUCAUUUUAGAGCACCUUAAACUGGUUUCACACUAGAAGAGUGUUGCAAAUCAUAACAAAAUAUUUGAAGUGGCAACCAGUUCACAGUUCAUUUUCUCCAUACAGUUUAUCAUGUUUGCAAAAAGGCUCACAAACUAAAAAUGUCCCCUGCAGGCCACUCCAAAGCUGCUUUUAAAGGAGAUGUAUGUCGAGAAGCACGAGUCAGAGCUAAUCCUAUGAUCUGAAAUGAUCUCUGCCAGCUCUCCUAACUGCCGCACAAACAGGUCUACUCUGACAAACAAUAUAAUGUUUUUAAAAGUGACUUUACAGGCUUGUCGUGCCCGAUGACUCACACUACAUUGAUCGACUCUGCUGGAUUUCUACUCCCAGCAAUUAUUCUCAGCGUCAUGUUGCAUCACUGCCCCAAGUGUGUCCAGAGGAGUGUCUGACUUGUUGCAUUAUCUCGUCAGUGCCAAUUAGUCUGAAUCUGAAUUAAGGGAAGGACAUAAACUGAGUCUUAAAGGGGAACUACGCCCAUUUUCAAAAUUCAGACAUGUUAUUCCUAUGGUCUGAGACAGUCCAAAAAAUAUUAGUAAACAUGAACAACUCUCUCCCAAAUCCAAAAACUAGAGUGCUAAAACUUUGUGAUGUCAUAGUGUCUAAAGUGUGGGGCUGCUCCAUAGACAUUGAAUUGGCAAAGAAGCACCCAAGAGGAAUGUUCUGAGUAUAUGGGUACACUACUGAGAACACUACAAUAGAAUAAAUCUCAUUUGGGUAUAAAAAAGACACUCAAACACUCAAAUCAGUCUCCCAUUCAUUGUCUAUGGAGCAGCUCCAGACUUUAUACUCUAUGACAUCACAAGUUUUAGUUUUAGCGCUGUAGUUUUUGGAUUUGGGAGUGUGAUCCAUAUUAACUAAUGUUUUUUGGACUGUCUUACCACAGAAAGUCAGUGUGUCUACCACAGAAAUAACAUGUAUGAAUUUUGAAAAUGGGCAUAGUUCCCCUUUAAGGGCGUAUUUUAUGUCCAGACAGGGUCUGAUUCAUCCUCAGCAGUGGUGAUGCUUUUCUAAAAAUGUGUAAAUUUAAUGUGGAGUUUGUGAAUGAUUUUAUGUUUCCCCUGUGUGAUAUGGACUGCAGAGGUAGAAACCAUUGAUGCAGAUAGCUUUAAUUUCUUUGUGUCAUACCACUACUAUAUUGCCAAUCAAAUAUUAAGCAAUUUGGCCUUCUUCUUUCUGUUUUAUUGUGUGUUUUUUUUAUUUCUCAAAUACGAAUAAUCAAAGAAGGAUGAGACAACCAUUUUUUGAAAAUGGUGUUUUAAUUUAUUUUAAAUACGAGAAGUUUUUUAUUUACUCUUACAAGGGUUGGAAAUGCCAGCGCUGUUUAAGGUUUUUGUGCAAUCACCCCUGCUUGCCACUAUGAGCCACAAAUACUGUAUAUACUAACGCUAUGAGACAUGUUUUAUGUUGCGUGAAGGAUGUGUGUAUAUAUAUGCUUGUAUGUUUUUAUUUCACAUGUAGGUGCGUUUUUAAUUUCACCUGUACAGUGUGCUUUGGCCCAUGCCUUCUCAGACUGGUGGCUUGGAGGAGUUGCCACACAAACGGAUCCAAUUCCAGGUCCAAACAUAAGCCAGAUGCCUUGGCAGGGCUUUUAAAGGGCUGUUGUAAUGAUAAAGGGUUACAUACCCAACUGUGUUUUUGAAGCUAGUAACACCGCUCCGAUCCCACUUCAAAGAUCCGUCUCUGUUCCUUUUCCCCUUCCUGUGUUGAUGGAUGAGGUUAAUUUGUGAAUAAGGUCUCCUGUACAGUUCUUGUACGGCAUGCAGAGCCCUGGAGGACUGACAACAGAUCAGACGGACCACAAACCUGAUAGAGGGGAGGCAGGAAGACGGAGGGAAUCUCACCUGGUAGUGAUUGUGAGGCCCCGUAGCUGAGCUGGGACUAGAGAGAGGCGGGUAUUGGAGUGUGGGGUAUCCCAUGGUGAACCUCGGCCCCUGGGGACUCCUACACAUUUAAAACACAGAUUUACAACAAGAAACAGCUGGAGCUGGUUGCGGUGAAGUGCCGUGCGAGCCCCCCCGCCCCCACCACCACCACCCUCCCCUUCUCCUUUCUACAUCUAAAUCAUCUGCAGCCAGACUAAUAGCCCAAAUGAGGAUGAGGUUCUAGAAACAUCAUGGUGUGUUUGAUGCCCCUCCAGCUUCAUGGAAACCGAGGUUCUCAGCUGGUCAUGCUCCAUGUGUUAUUAUGCUUUAUUGGAUUAGUGCCUUAAAGUAGGCACUGGUUGGCCUGUUUAUAUGUCCACUUGUAGGUAUGAUUCACAUUGUUUGCUUUUUUUUGUAUAUAGAUUAUAUCUAUAGGCUCUAAACCAGAGAAUUUUAAAUAAAGAUAUAAUCAUUCAGUUA